CUCUACUUUCACUAUGACAGGCCGUUUGUUACGUACUUCCGGUACACAUGAACGUGUUGUUUAUUUCGUCGUUGUGUAAAAACUAGGCCUACUGGCUGGUUGGCAAAAUUGAGUACUGAAUCAAAAGGUAAUGGCUAUAUGAUGGAAGAAUCUGUAGACUUCCUCUCUGUCAGGGAGGAUGGAACGGAAGAUGACAUCUUCCAGCAGCCAGGCCUUGAGAGAGUGAUGUACCAAAAUGACUCGCACAGUACAACCUUCCUCCAGGAGAUGCACGCUCUAUAUCAAGAGGAAAUGCUCACCGACGUCACACUGAGAGUGGACGGCCAAGCCAUACCUUGUCACAAGAAUGUCCUGGCAGCGACCAGUGUUUACUUCAAGGCCAUGUUUACUCUGGGACUCAGUGAGACGCUGCAGGAUGAAGUGGACCUCAAUGAGGUCGAGUAUGAAGCUGUCAGGGACCUGGUGGAAUAUGCAUACACUGGUCAGCUAAGAAUUACACAAGAUUCUGUUCAAAGCCUCCUCUCCACUUCAGCGUUAUUUCAGAUUUUGCCUGUUGUAAAAGCAUGUGCCAAAUUCCUGGAAUCUCAGCUUGAUGAUUCAAAUUGCAUUGGAAUUUAUCAUUUUGCACAAAGUCAUGAGUGCAAAGGACUAGCAAACAGAGCUAAAGAAGUGAUGGAAAAGAAGUUUCCUGAGGUGUGCAAGUCAGAGGAAUUUUUAAGUCUGCCUCUAGAGAGAGUCAGAAGCAUCAUCCAAAGUAAUGACCUCAAUGUGGAUUCAGAAGAAGUCAUUUUUAAUGCGAUAGUAAGUUGGGUAGGUGAGGACUCGGAGAGACACCAUGAAAUAGCCAAGUUGUUUCCUCAUGUAAGACUGUCACUGCUAUCAUCAGACUUUCUCUGGGAUCAGGUUUCUUCAAAUGUUUUUAUCAACAGCUGUCCCGAGUGUAAAAGCAUCCUAGAAAACUGGAGAAUAUUUGAGAAGUACCCUAACCGAUACCUAGGGCAAUAUAACUUUGACAUGACAAUGCGUGCUGGAAUGAUUCGACCAGACCACUGUCUUCUCUUCAUUGGAGGAUCAGAUCUCAGGCUUACUCGGCCCAAAUUAAACUGUUAUAAUCCUCUCACUAAGGAAACAUUUCUGAUGCAAGAUUUUCCGACAGAGAGGCUUGACAAAGAAUAUGAAGUUGAAAAUGUUGGCUGUGUUGUCAGCAAGGAGAACGUUGUUUAUGUUGGAGGAGGCAACUAUGUUUACCAUGAUAUGGACUUUGAUUUUUCAGACUUGGAUGACUCGUGUGAUGAUCUUGAAGAAAGAGUUGUUAGUAAGGACUUCUUCUGCUUUGAUAAUGACCACAAUAGGUGGAUAAAAUUGUCCUCCAUGUUAUUCCCCAAGUCCAACUUCACCUUGGCUGAAUUAUCAGGCAGAAUCUAUUGUUUUGGUGGAGUGACAGAUAACCAGCAUCCCACUGAGAUUAUAGAGGUAUACGACAUUCAGCAGAACAAGUGGAGCUACCAGGGCAUGCUUCCUACAACAGUGGUGGAUCUAUCAUCUGUCACCUACAAAGACUACAUCUUUCUCCUGGGAGGGAGGACAGGGGUGGGGGCACAUAACUUAGUGGUCAUGUACCACCCUGAGAAAGGACAUUGGAUUACCCGAGCAGGCAUACCCACACCCCGAUUUAAUUUUGGAGCUUGUGUCGUUGAUGAAGAGAUUUAUGUUGCGGGCGGCCAAAUCUAUUCUCAUGUGACUCAUGCCAUUAACAGAGAAGCCUUAAAAUCAGUGGAAAUAUUGAAUGUCUCUGAAAACCAGUGGAGAUCUGGACCAGAUUUGCCAGUGGGAAUGUUCAAUGUGGGUUUAGAAUUGAUCAAUGGUGCUCUGUAUGCUUGUGGUACAGCUGAAAACAAUGUGUCUGAUACUACACAAUUUUGUCGCCAGAACAUUGUGUGUCGUUUGGAUCUGGGCACACUGACAUGGCAACAGAUUGAUGUACUGGGUGACAUCAGGAAUUACAAGUGUAUAGCAGCAAAGCUGCACACAAGGAAACUCACACAAGUUUUUCCAGCAAGUGAAGCAGAGGAAGUGGAUAAUGACCAAUAACCGUCUGUUUCAUUUAAAGAUUUGUUUAAAUAUGCAUAAUAUUUUUUAGUUAAUGAUAAUAAACAAUUUUAGAGCUGUUUUAAUAAGAGUUUUACUUUGGGCAGUAUGCGACAAUCUAAGAUUUGAUGAAAGCGGGGUCUACUCAUAGUCUAAAGUCCAGUCAUUGGCUAAUGUAUAUGAAUAUAUUAAACACAAUGACACUAGUCUAACUUCAUCCUGGAAUGUACAAAAUGUAUCAUUUGAAACAGUGUCAAUUGCAGACGUUUGAGCAGAUCUUGGCAAAAAAACUCUGAUAUUGACAGUCUAUGAAAAAUAAUGAGCUUUUCUUGGCAAAUUAAAAGAAGGUCAAUAUUUGACAGUUUGUUUUGAUGAGCAAACUUGAGAUUUACAUCCCUCCGAAAGUCCAUGCAUUGUUAAAACCGCUGUAAUACAUGUAUUUCACAAUUCAUUUUAUCUAAUUUCAUAAGCAAAAAGCUCCUUUUUUUCAUCAAUGUUUGUCCUUCAUGUUUGAAAUUUGAAAUGUGGAGGAAAAAUUAGUAUGUUUGGUAUUGAAAUAAACCAACAAAGUCUGA